GAAACAAAUUAUAAGGAACCAGCUUGCUAGAGAAAUUAACAAAGACGAUCAAGAUCAUAUUAUCACAGCACGUUCAGGCAGUGAUCCUCUGUUUCAAAAUUUCAAUUGCAUUCUCAAUUCUCAAUGGAUUCUCAAGCUCCGGCAACCGGCACCACCCCCAGGAGUGCCGCUGAACCCUCACAAUCUCAACCACCAAAGUCAUCUCCUCCUAUACUUCCAUCUUCCACAUCAUCAACUCCUCCUGUCUCCGCCCCAACACAGUCUUCCCCAAACCCUAAUCCUAGCUCAAGCCCAAACCCAAGCCCAAUUCAAGCCCCGAACCCCAAACCCCCCACUCCUACGCCUGCCCAACCUCGCCCCACGCAGUCCUUCAACCGCACUUUGCCGCCGUCGCAGCCUCAGUUCCCGCACUUCUCUUCCGCUCCUUCGCCUCCCUCCGCUCCUGGCGGCGCCCCUGCGCCGAGGGGUGGUAUGGCAAUCGGCGUGCCCGCGCACCACCAGAGCCCCUCUCCUCCGUUUUCAUCGUCCUUCGGUCAACACUUUGGUGGGUUUGCCCGAACUGGAGUCAGUGUGGCCGAACCUACCUCCAAUUCAAGCACCUCUCAAGUGAGAACGCCCGUGCAAGGAAUGGGGAUGUUAGGGCCUCAAAUGAGGCCUAGUGGAAUCGCUGCUCAUCAACAGAGGCCCGUGCAAUCGUCUCUUAGACCUCCUUCCUCUGCCCCGAAUACUCAACCUGGGGGUUCGCAAGUUAGUGUGAAUGUUUUUGACUAUGCCCUUUCAUUUCUGCAUUUUUUUUAUGCUUGGCCUAGUUAGAGGGUUUGUGCCGUUCAAGGCUUUAAAUUGCGUUUGUGUUUUUGUGGCAUUUCUUGAAGUUAGAGGGUCUGUGCCGAUAUGUCCAAAAUGGGGAUCAAGUUAUGGUAAUUAAGACUCUGAAACCUAGAAGUUGCGGCUGAAAUCGCAGUCAUGAGCUGUUUCUUAGAACAUUUGGGCGGAUUGACUUAAGCUGGGGUUGGAUAUGUCUAGAAAUAUUGAUUUAUUUAGGUGCUUUCUAUGAAUUGGUUUCAGAUUUUAUUGUUUUGCCUUCCAUAUGAAAUCGCAUUAGCAAAAUUCAUCUGGAUACCGACUGAAUUUAUAUCAACUCUUGUGUGGGAUCCUUGAAUGCCCUUCAGACUUCUAAGUCAUCAGAUUUUGGUUCUGCGAGGAGGAAGGGUGUUCUCCAUAGUUUAAGGGUGGUGAAGGAAU